AUGUCGUCAGCAGAACAGACUAAUAUGAGUCGUAUUAUCAAACAAUUAGUGGAUCGUUUGAAUUAUUUGUCAAUCUUGAAAAACGAAAGAGACUUUGGGUAUUCUAAUGCUUCAAUUUUAUACGACACAGUGUAUGACUUUGGACGCCAUACACAUCUUCAACCUGAUUAUCGAAAAUUGUUAACAAAUGAAGAUGAAAAAAUUUUAAAAGAAUUCUUCCCGAUUGGCUUUACCAAACUCGUUGGUUAUACUCCUGGCCUAGUAAAUAAUAUUGAUCCAUCAGAUUUGAAUAUUGCUAGAAGAAAACUAUCACAGAUAUGGUUUCUUAAAAAUGAAUUUCUCAAUUUCUACAAAGAAGUAAGCGGGUGUGGGUUGACACAAGAAAUCAAGGAUGCACUGAAGAAGCUGGAAGAGUCGAACAAUGCGCUCGAAUUCGAUAUUUCGAACUGGACACGACCAGACUACGAUGAAGCUGUGGACAGGCUAUCAGAUGUUCCAAACUUGAACGGUGUACCAGAAAGUCAUGAUUGGUGGACUGAACAACAUCGUCAAAUGUGGAAAAACAAAAAAGAAUGA